GGGGGGGGGGAAAGCAGCUCUCCUAAACCUCUCCUCUGAAGAAAAGUUUCAAAGUCAGGAACCCUUCCUAACAUCAUCUCAAACACCUCUCUCUGCAUAUCAAACCCUAUAAAACUCUCUACUUUAGAAAAAAAUGGAACGGCGUUUACCGGAUCUUCCUCAUGUGAUCAUCUAUGACAUACUCUCAAGACUGCCCGUCAAGCCUCUGUGCCGUUUCAAAUCGGUUUCCAAGCCAUGGCUUGCUCUAGUUACCGAUCCCCAAUUCAUCAAAUCACACCUCAAUCAUCAAUCCACUAACCACAAGAAGCUAUUAAUCCACUCUCUCUCUCCUCCCUGUACCUGUUCCGUAGACUGCCAGGCACCUGACCACACUGUAGCCGAGCUCGAAAUGCCCGGUUUCAAACGCAGCAUAAGGGGGUGGGGGUUUUGUGAGAAAACAGUGGUGGGAGUAGAAUAUCCUGUAUCAUACGAAGGCACAACAAAUCCACGCUUUUUCCACUUUCUUCCCGCUACCCUCUCUCACCUCUCAGCGCCGAAGAAAGACCCAAAAAAAUACCCUUAAAACUCUCUCGCUAGAAAUGCAACGGGGACUGCGCAAUCUUCCUGAUGAGAUCAUCUUCAACAUACUUGCAAUACUACCCGUCAAGCCUCCGUGCCUUUUGUUUUAAUGCUAAUGAGGAGAAAUUCAAGGAGGUGCCGCUACCUAAUUAUGAAUGUGAGUAUAAACUUAUUGGCUUGGGAUUUUGGAUGAAUGGCUGUGUGUGGUUCAGAAUGUGGGGAUGGUACUAUUGAUGUUUGGGUCAUGAAGGAAUACAGCAUCAAGGAAUCUUGGACCAAGUUGUUUGCUGUGCCAAAUGGCCUUUGCGGCUUAUUUAUGCCUUUGUGUUAUGCAAAUGAUGGAGAGGUUGUAGUGGUGUUGGAUUGGGAGGAGUUAGGCAUCCACAACCCGAAAAGAAAUAGAUACAACUGUUUGACGUGGCUUUCUAUGUGGAGACUCUUGUUUCACCUCAUGGUGGCACUUGCACUAAAAGGUCCUGCUAAUUAGAUGGACUUGGAGAGAAAGAGGUAAUUCAAAGGAUUCCGUUCUUUAUUUUCCUCAUUCUUUCUCUCUCCAUAUGUAGUUUGAAACAAUAUAUACGUAAUACGUGCUUACCAUUAUUUUAAGCUGGAUAUGUUUGGCAAAACUGUAGAAUAAUAGCUAUACAUCUAUGAUUACCAUUUACCAGUAUAACUCAUACAAGUUUAGUUUAAUUCUUUCUUUCAAUAUUCAUGCAGGAAUGAAGUCGUAAGUACAAUGGGGGAUAUGUAAUGAGAUGAGUGUUUGUCUCUCUCUCUGUCAGAGUGACAUGACAAAGGCUACUCGGAUUUGUAGAUUUUAGAUAUUAGAACCGUGUUCUCUUACCCAUUUUGGGUUGCUGCAAUUGAUGCCUAUGGUAACUCAAACAAUUAGGGUCAAGAACUACAUUACUACAUGGACUUUGAGACACAUUGGAAUUUUGUAUCUUCUCUGGGCUCUAGCUUGUACUGAACAUGGAGCUACUACAUUAAGUGAAAGCUUAGUUGUCGUGUAUAUAAGCAUUUUGGAAACCUUCUC